AAUAAGAAAGAAUAUCAAAAGCAUGAUGGUUACUGCGGUAUUUUUAAUUGUUCUUUAUCAAACCUCUUGAAUUUUGUCAAAAUGUUGCCAUAGAGCAGGGGCGGAUCCAAACCCCGUCAAUUGGGUCAAAGGACGGGGUUUAAAAAUAACAAGUAUAAUUUAUCUAAUUUUCAAAUAUUUAGUACUAACCAGUAAUAUUUGGGGCGUGUAAUAAUGUAUUCAUUUGAGCGCUCAUCAAUAUAAAAAUUAAUAACAUUGCCGCCGCUGUUGCUGCCGUGAUGGCGGAUAGAAAAAUAUGGACCCGGCCCUGCAGGUUUUUGCCGGAGCAAUGAGGUUAUUCUUAACUCUUAUUGGUCUAGAGUGCCGGGUUUGCAGGAGAAGAACACCGGCAGGAUUUGAUUGGUCAUUACAGAAGUUUUCUUAAGUUGUGAUUGGCUAACAAUCAAUACCCUUCAAAAGCCAAAAUGCUCACGCUAGUCUUCAUUUUCAUAUCUUCCUCAACAUCAUUGCUCAACAUGGCGUUUAGUUCAGUGAGAGAAGAUGUUUUGAAAUUAUUUCAAGACGAAGAUUUGCAGAAAUUGAUUGAAAUAUUUAAUAUUUGUUCCGAGAAAUGGAUAAAUUCAAAUAAAAAUGUGUUUUUAAACACAGAACAGCUUUAUGCUGUACUUUCUUGUGGAGAAAUUGGUGUGAAUGAAGAUGCUUUGAAUUAUCUUCCUGCAUCAGUUUCUUCCAAGAAUUGUGUUGCAUUGAGGUCCGAAUCAUCUGGAAAUUGCUUGUUUAGCUCCAUAUCCUUAUGUCUGGUAGGUGAUAAUAGUUUGACGCAACAGUUAAGGCUACUUGCUUGCAUUGAACUUUUUGUCAAUUCUGAGUAUUAUAGUUCUCGCCCCAAUUUAUUUGUUGACAAAUAUCCAUCUUUAAGUCCAUCAAAUAUUUUAGCAAUGUCAGUAUCUCAUGCUGCUGUUGCAGGGACUAUGGGGUUACUCAGUUGUCAUUUUAUCCUGCAUUCAUUUUUAUUCAUAUCAAACCAUUUCAUUGCAAUAUUCAUUAUCAUUUAAUUGAAAACUGUCAAGAAAUAGUAGAACAUAGUUGCAGUUGUCAAGUUAUCCUGUAUUUUUUACAUAUGAAUAUGCCAAUGACAGCUAAAUUUUUCUCUAUUUUUUCCUCAUCAUUGUAUCUUGUUAUCUUAAUUCUUUACUUCUUUUUUAUUUGGCUGUCCAUGUCUGGAUGACAUUUUUUGUUAUCCUAGGCAUGCUGAUGAGCUCUGAUAUUGAGCGAAACGGCCUAUUAACAUCUAUAAAUUAUAUGAGAUAAUCUUGUUUCUUUAGUUCAUAGGCUUCAUAUAUAACAAUAGAAACUCAGCAAGAAAGAGAAGCAACCAAACAACAUUGUUGAAAAGAUGACACGGUAACGAUUUUCGUUUUAUGCUGUAUGAAUGACAAAUAGCCUUUUUAUUUUCAAAAUAAUUUACAAUUUAGAUGCGGGAAUGUUGUUUUCAGACAAUCUAGGAUCCUCCAAUGUUUAAAAAUUUUCUGGCCCCUCAGGCCCAACCAUGGUGGGCCUUUGCGUGUCACUAAUAUAAGUACAUUUUACGACGGGGUACAUCAGAAAUCCUAGAUCCGCCCCUGUAGAGAGUGGUUGAAUCGGUCAUAUUAAAAUAAAAGAAGUUGUUUUCUUAACCUUACACACAGGACAUCUCUCCCUAUCCCAAAGUUAACUUAUGAAAUUAAACUGUAUUAAUUCAUCCUGCACAUUCCACAACAAGCUGGAAAAUCAAGGAUGGUCAAAUUUAAAGCAUCUUUUUAAACUGUAUCGCUUUGGUCGCAAUGUUUUACAUAAAGUGUUCCAGUUGGCAUCAGCUAAAAAUUUUUUCGGUUUCUGUUAUUUUUUGUAUUUUUAUUUUUUGUUUAUACUCUCGUGAGUGGAAAAUGAAAUACAUACUCCAUAAUUUUAACAAUAUUUUUAUUUGAAAUUACCGCGAUAUUAAAAUAACACUGGGUUGAUAAUUUAA